AUGGAAGAUCGAGAGGAGAAAGAGGCAGCUCAGGCAGAGCUCAGGUGCGGCAACGAGGAUCACGACAACCAGAGAAAAAGUGACAAAACAAAAAAGCGACAAUUAGCAAAGUUCAUAAUUGCUAGAAUGUUGACCUUUUCGAAGAAUACAUCAAUAAUUGUUGGUCCAGAGAGGCAAAUUUCCAACGUGCCACAAGAUCUUCUCGCUCUUCACUCAACCUUCUUCCGCGAACAUUUUGACCGAGCAGAGCAGGAAAUCGUGCUACCAACCAUGAGGGCUGCUGAAUUUGCGAAGUUUGUGGCUUGGCUUCAUCUUUUGGUCCUUGACUCUGAGCCCUUGUAUGGAGAUGAGGAAGACCUGGACACUGUGACUGAACGAGGAUGGGAGCUGGGAAGAAUAUUGGGUGCACCGGGCUACCAAAAUUCAUAUAUGUUGGUAUACAAAGACUACUGCCGAGACAACUUGGUUAUUUGGCCAGAUGCUUUAACGAUACGCACGAUAUACGAUAUUACACCGCCAAGAUGCAAGUUGAGGAAAUUCGCUGCGGACUCGAUGGCGGCUCGAUCUCCUUUCAAGCGGUACGCAGCAGGAUCUCGCAAGCUCGCAGAGUGGGAUGCUUUGUUAAAAGAGUUUCCAGAACUGAGCAUCGAUAUUGUAUAUGCCAGUGUAAAUGAUUGGCGCGAGAAUGUUCCCUGGGAUGACGAGUAUUUGGUUGCAUACAUGGAGGACGAGGUAUCGCUCGAUUCAGCAUGGGAGGAGCAAAUUCUGGCAAAGCGAAAUAUUGAUGAGAUCAGAAAGGAGGCAGAAAAGAAGUGCAUACGCAGCAUUUUUGAACUCUCGCAUCUCGAGCGUAACAAGAAUCGAGAGUGA